UUAGGUUGUGUGUCGACAGUGGACAUGCUUUCAUGGGUGUGUUUCUGCAGAGGGCGUGUCUUGGAGGUUAUGCAUAUAUUUCCAGUUGUGUGGGCGUGUCUUCGGGGGUUUAACGUCUACAGGGGGCGUGUCUUCAUGGUUAUUUGUCUGCAAGGAGCAUGUCCACAGAGGUAUGCGUCUGAAAGGAUUGGUAAGAGUUCAUGUAAUUUGUCUGCACAGGGCGUGUCUUCAGGGUUGUAUGUCUUGAGGGGGCGUAUCUUCAGGGUUAUUUGCCGUACGGAGGGCGUGUCUUUAUAGCUGAAGGGGCAGCGCUGCAGAAGGGAAGCGCUGAGGCUCAGCUGCAGGUGGGCUGCCAUACAGGCUACAAAUCUCAGGUGAUCUGUACUACACCAAAGGAACCGGUCUGGGGGUCUGGUGGACUAAAGAGAGUGGGCUAUUCUUCACGUGACCGUGGCGAGCCAAAAAAUCCAGGUGGAUGAAACGUGCUGCACUUCAGCUCAGUAUGCCGUCGUUUUUCUCUGCCCAGCUCAAGAAAUGGAAUAAAUCACCUGUUUGCCGGCAGCGUUGAUGGUUAUAUGGAGCUGAACCGUCCAGUCUGUCUGUAUUCGCUCCUGCUGCUCCUUCAAAACUUCUCCUCGCUAGGAGCUUCAUAAGGAUGAAACUGCGUCCUCCGUUUCUGCUGUGAGAGCCUUUGGUCAGCCCGUUCUCUCUCCUCGAGGAUUUCACCCAUGUGAGAAGAGCUAGGACUUUGGAUUGCGGCUGGUUGAUGAGCAAAGAGCAAAAGCUAUCAGAUAGCAUGGGUGCAAUCAAGUCCACGGACCGCUUGGAAGGAAAGACCCUUGGGAUCCCAUCGUUCCCAGGCUGCGUUUUAGCAGCUGACUCCUGAAACUGGAUAUUUAAAACAUUUUCUGUCUCUGUGCUACACUUGACUAAGAACUAGGAUGCCAAAAUCAUACAGCAGGAAACUGUCUCUGUGCCAGUCGCUCACCCUCGUUACCCUGUUGGUGUCCCCAGUUUGCCUGUCCUCUCUGCACUCAGCCAGACAGGCUGAUGGGCGAGUUGUUGGUCGUUCAUCUCGGGUACCGCGGCAGCUAUUCUAUCAGAACGAGUGGGCUCCUUGGAGUGGCUGGUCUGAGUGUUCCCGCUCCUGUGGAGGCGGGGCUUCCAUCCGCAGACGCACCUGCAUUGCCAGGAAUCCAGUUGGAGGGCCUUGUUUAGGUGAUCCAAGACAAUAUAAAAUCUGCAGUACUGAGGAUUGUCCUCCUGGGUCCACAGAGUUCAGAGAACUGCAAUGCAAAGCUUUCGACGACAAACCACUGGUUGGUGGCAGCAGUUAUAGGUGGACUACCUUUCAUGGAGGCUCUGACCCCUGUGAACUCAGCUGCCUGGCCUUGGGCUACAAUUUCUACUACAAUUUUGGGCGAGUCCUGGAUGGCACACCCUGCCAAACGGAGCCUGGAGCCAUCUGUGUGAAUGGCAAAUGCCUGAAACCAGGCUGUGACCUGAUCUUUGGCUCACAGCAGCAGGAGGACGCCUGCAUGGUAUGCGGAGGACACAACACCACCUGUCUCCAUCACCACAGUGUCUACCAAAGCAACGGCCAGGAGUUCGGGCCGUUUGGAUACAAUGAGGUCACCCUGAUCCCUGCCGGAGCCACUCACAUCAGAGUGACCGAUAACAGCAAAAACUAUUUAGCCCUUCAGAAUGGACGCUCCCAGUUUGUGAUCAAUGGGAACUGGAAGAUCAGUGUGCCGGGGGAGUAUGAUGUAGCUGGAACUAAACUGCUGUACCGCCGCUCUGCUGAUACCUGGGAGAGCUUCGAGGUACCCGGGCCCACAAAGGAAGACCUUCACGUUAUGGUGCUGUCCACUGAUAAAAAUUCUGGGAUAGAGUAUGAGUAUUGGCUGCCCCCUGACCGCUACGCCCUGUACCACGGGAGGAAAAGUCCACUUCGGCAGCCUCAACACGGAUCAAACUUCUUACCCUGGGAACCACCAACCCCAACCACAACCAUAAUCACCACCACCCCCACUAGAGCUCCUGCCACCAUUCGGCCUCACUGGGGUGGCAGGCCUGUUAGACGUCCCUCUCAGAGGCACCCAGGGCCUCGUCUGGAACGAGAUGAGAACCGAAGCAACUACCUGCCCGAGACUCGUGGUACAGGUCACUGUGGCAAAUGCAGGAAGGUAAAGGGUCGUGGAGAGCGGCAGAGACAGUAUUGCCAGAAGGAUUUUGUCUUCAGAGCCAAGAUCUUAGAGAAGACAUAUAUUGGUGUGGAGACUCGCUAUGACGUGCAGAUCAUCCACACGUACCGCAACCGCUUCCGUCUAGAACACCGGGAAUACCUCUGGGCACCCAACAAGUGUGACUGCCCCGCAUUGGAGGAGGGCCAUCAGUAUGUGCUCAUGGUGAGGCGUCAUAUCAACUAUGAACAGACACUCAAUCGCAUUCUGCUGGAGGAGGACAGCUAUGCUCAGCUUUACCGCCCACGCGAGGACAGCCUCCUGCGGCCCCUAGAGGAGCUUUGCAGUAACAGAGGACCUAGAACUCAGCCCAGAGGGUAAAACCUGGACUCAGCUCUCCCAUCACUGUGCACUUACUAUAUUUAAUCCUCAUUCCAAAGAAACAUGGACAACAACUGCCCAUCACUGGCUUUGAAAAAUAAACCAGAGAAGUGGACUGUGGGCUGUGGAAAUUACAUUGACCUUGGGAUUUAAAAGCAACUGAAGCCUACCAAAGUUAAACCUAUUCACUAAAUGAAGCACUUUAGGUAGAUGUUAUGACCUACCUUUAAAAUUCACAUACCAAAGAGAAGAAUAUAUUAUUUUUAUUGUUAUUUUUAUUAUUAUUGUUAUUAUUACUAGACUUACUGUUGCCUUUCUGUCACCAGAAUAUAGUUACCUGAAAUCAUGGGGGUCUGUAUCUUUGCCCUCAUUUGGCAUUCAUGCAAUACUCAGUUAUUGUUGGUUUUAUUUGUAUUUAUGGUGAUAUUAGUACACUUAUUAUUAGUAUUAUGUGUUGCGCUUUUGAUAUAUAUAUUUUUUUACUAUCAAUACAUUUACUGUCUGCGAUGCAAGUUUAUUAGCAACAGUUAUUUUGAAUAUUUCAAGCAGACGACAGUGUUUCUUAUGAAGUGCCUGACUGAAAUGAUCAGUAGAGGAGAGCUAGGCGUCUUAGAAGGAUUUACAUCUUGCAUGCUAAGAGGAUAAUGAGCAGCAGACAUAGUGCUCUCCUGGUAAAUCUAUAUCUGUUUACCUGCUCUGUAUAAUCUGACACACAUGUAUUUGCAUCUCCAAAAGCUUUUACCUUAACCACCAUAUUUGCUAAUAUACAUUAAUUAAAUGUUCAGCUUACUGUA